GUACAUUUAUUAUUUCUAAUAUAUAUUUAAUAUAACUCUCUUAAAAAUCUUAUUAUCCCAAAAAUUUCUUAAUCAAUUCAGAUUCAAGCUCAAAUAUAUAUUGUAUUAUUUACUCCCUCGUUUCAACCAGGUUCAAAGAAUCCUUGGCCUUUAAUCGAUUCUCUGCACAUUCCCACAAACGAAUGUUGGAAAUUAUUAAUCGACGAGGUUGAGAGCCACAUUUCCUCGCGAGAUAAUAGUGCCAUGGGUCGUGGCCCCCCCUCCGUCCCGUCCAAUCUCAAUGCAACUCUGUGCAAUCCAACAAAGCAUUGUAUAAAUAAUCUCGUCGAAGAGAGCCGUUCAGACAGCCGCGUUGGCACGUGAAAAAACUCGGCCGAGAUCGAGAUGAUCGAAACUCCUCCGCACUCCAUCCUCUCGUUCGUUCUUCUGCUCCUGUUGACGAUCGUCCAAUGCCAGGAGGAACCCCACUGCAAGCAGAUAACCGGUUACAAGGUGUGCGAGAGGAAAGGCACACUGGUGGACGUCACCCAACAGGAAUUCGAGGACAGGCUGGAGAUCCACGACAUGAAUCUGCUCUCCAUCAGGGAGGGCGCGUUCAAAAAUCUGUCCACGACCAAGCUCAGCCUCGGUUUGGGUAACAAGAUAUCCGUGGUGAGGAGGGAAUCGUUCAAAGGUUUGGAUAAAUUGGUACGAUUGGACCUGGACAGCAACGUUAUACAACUCUCGCCCAAUUUGUUCUCCGAAUUGAAACAAUUGAAUUCGUUGUCACUCAUCUUCAACAAGAUCAACGACAUACCCAAAGACACGUUUGCGGAUCUGUCCAACUUGAUGUGGCUCUAUCUGGGGCACAACGAUAUCCGGUCGAUCAAUAAAAAUUCCUUCUCGGGAUUGUCCUCGUCGUUGUUGUUCCUCUGGUUGAACGACAAUAAGAUUUCCAGCGUGGAGAGUGGUACGUUUGGUCAGAUGCCAGAGUUGACCCGCCUUCAUCUGGAGAACAAUAAAUUGACGUCGAUCAAGCAAGGUGUAUUGAAGGGUUUGCACAAGUUGGAUGGCUUGUUUUUGGAGUACAAUCAAUUGAGCGGGGUUUCGAAGGCAGAUUUCAAAGGAUUGAUCGGUCUCAGGAUCUUGAAUCUGCAUCACAAUCAGAUAGACGGUAUAGAGGCAGGGGCAUUCUCGGAUUUGAAACAGUUGGAACAAUUGGACCUGAGGAAGAACCAACUGUCCACGAUCGAGGCUCGAGUGUUCAGUGGGUUGACCAGUUUGAAGAAGUUGGAUUUGUCCGAUAAUAAGAUAGGCGUGGUCCAGCCUGGUGCGUUCGAAGGUCUUCCAGCCCUGAAAACAUUGAAUCUUGCGAAUAAUAAUCUGACCGGUGUGGACAGGAAGGAGUUUGGAUUGACCAGUUUGACCAUUUUGUACACCUAAGGAUGUAUUAUAAUAACCUUUUUUUUUUUUUUUUUUUUUUUUUUGGAAAACGUAUUUGGUGUUUUGUGACGAAAGUUUGUAAAAAUUAGAGCAAUAAAGAGGUGUGAAGAGGUUUGUGUACAAGCUUGAAUUAUUUUUUUAUCUUUUAUCUUUUAAAUUAUUUUAUAUAUACGUAUAUAUAUUCGUAAGAAUUAAUCGUUUUCUGUGAAAAAUAUCACACGCAGAAUGGUGCCAUGCAUACGAGAUUGUCGUUAAUCUCGCUGACCAACGUUAGAUAAGUGCAAACUUGUGUCGGGUCGUUGUUCCUUCUCGUGUUAUCAGUGAACAACAAGAGCGGGGUCAAGUGUUGAGAUUUUAAACGCGUACGCUGUUCUACGUUUAAUAAACGCAAGAAAAAAUAUUAUUGAAUAUUAAUUAAUUAAUCGAAAUACUGAGAGAAUAAUUUGCCGAUUUUUUUUUUUGGAUUUUAAUCUUUCGAAAAUUAAACAUUCAGGAAAUAAUGGAAUCGUUUAACUUUUUUUUAAAAUUGUUAAAAUAAUGUGAAAUUUCAAAGAUGACUGAAAAUUAUGCGUAUAUUUGCGUAUAUUUGUCAUAGCAAAAAAUAAAAAUUGAAUUUUUUACGCUUGCAUUUACGUGUUGGAAAAAGAAAAUUGUUUUUGUAUUAAAGAAAGAAAAUAGAUAAAGUGACAGGUAAAGAUUU